GGCCUUAGCAAUGGGACACCAUCUCCCCCACGACCUCUGCCUCCUGGAGGUGUGAGCUGCCUUGCCAUGCUAAACAUAACAUGUAUACAACAUGCAUGGAAAAUGACUGACUCAGCUGUGCGCUAUUAAAAGAGCUCAAAUCCCAAAGUAUUGCUGGGGGGACGGGGACUGCUGGUCAGAGCUACAAUCUGUGUGGGCUGAGGCUGGGAACAUUGCCCCAAAUGAGAAGACCUAGCCAGGAAUACUAGCAGACAAUUUUUCCACCAGAGGUCUAGCCACCCCAAACCGGUCUUUUGGAUACCAAAAUCAUGGACCUGGAAUAUCUGUUGAGUAUGGACCCAGCUGCAAUUCUGCUGGUGCCUGUUGUGGUGGUGGUAACAGCAGUGGUUAUUUUCCUGCACAGUCUGGUGCUCGAGUUCUUGUCCACAGCAACGGUGCGCAACAAGGUGGUCGUGAUAACAGAUGCCUUAACAGGACUGGGAAAGGAAUGUGCAAAGUUGUUUCACGAGGGAGGAGCUAGAGUCAUCCUUUGCGGAAAAACUUGGGAAAAACUUGAAGGUUUUGCUGAUAACCUGACUAGCGCUGCAGACCCUCAAUUAACCUUCCCUCCUAAACUUGUGCUGGUGGAUUUCGGUGACAUGAACAGCAUGCCAGAUGUGAUCGUAGAGACGCUGGAGUGUUAUGGCUGUGUGGAUGUGCUCAUUCUCAACAGCAGCCUUAAAGUCAAGGCCCCAGUACAGAGCACAUCACUGAAGAUGGACAAGCUAGUUAUGGACAAUAACUACUUUGGCCCUAUCACAGUGGCUAAGGGUCUUCUGCCAUCCAUGAUGUCGAGGAGGACUGGCCAUGUGAUUCUGGUCAACAGCAUCCAGGGCAAGCUGGCUAUGCCUUUCCGUGCCACUUAUGCUGCCUCUAAGCAUGCGGUCCAAGCUUUCUUUGACUGUUUGCGGGCUGAGGUCCAAGAGUAUGGCAUCUCUGUCAGCACUGUCAACCACACCUUCAUAAUCUCCCCUCCACCUGGGGAAAAGACCAAGAAGUCCAUCUGGUCAAUCUUCUCCAAACAGAAGGUUAUGGGCAUCACACCAGCAGAGGCUGCCAGUGAGAUCCUGAAGAUUCUGAACAGCAAGAAGAGAGAGGUGGUCAUGGCCCACUCCCUCCCCAAGAUGGCCAUCUAUGCCAGAUCCCUUUUCCCAAAUGUAUUUUUCGCUGUGAUGGCUGCAGGAGUGAAUAAUGCUGCAGGAGUGAAUAAUAUGGCAGCUUUAGCAGACUCAGAGGAGCUGUAGUCAACAUGGCAUUGGAUUGGCACUGAUUCUGGAUACACACCACAUAGAACUGGGAAUAAGAUGAUGUGUUGGGCCAGCACUUAUGACUGUCAAAUAUUCAGGACCAGCUGAGACCGGAAUGAAAAGAGAAGAAGACAAAACUAUUAUUGAUAUGUUUGUAUGUUUUCAAUGCUGAAUGGACACAGGUGACUGAAAAAGAUGUUGGAAAAAUGUUUACUUGGAAACUAAAAUAACUUGGGUAUCUCAUAAGGUACGCAACUUGCUUCAGUAGAACUGUCAUAUAGCAGAAAUUAGGGAAACUGUUGUUUGUGUUAUUGGGAACCUUAUAUUAGGCCUAUAGAACCUAGAAAUAAACCUUGUUUUGA